UCCCUAUUCUCCUUGUUUUUCUCAAUUUGAACAUAUCCACAGUCCCAAUUGCACUGUAUCAUUAUAUAUCUAUGGCAGAUUCUUCCCCGAAAACCGUGCUUGUAACCGGAGCUGGUGGUCGCACAGGACAAAUUGUGUAUAAAAAAUUAAAAGAGAGGUCAAACCUGUAUGUUACCAGAGGCCUUGUUAGAACACAAGAAAGCAAACAGAAAAUUGGUGGUGCAGAUGAUGUUUUUGUUGGGGAUAUCAGAGAUGCAGGAAGUAUUACACCUGCAUUACAAGGUACAGAUGCUCUCAUUAUUCUCACAAGUGCAGUACCACAAAUGAAGCCUGGAUUUGAUCCAACCAAAGGUGGAAGGCCAGAGUUCUAUUAUGCUGAUGGUGCAUAUCCUGAACAGGUUGACUGGAUUGGGCAGAAAAAUCAAAUAGAUGCUGCCAAGGAUGCAGGAGUUAAGCAUAUUGUGUUGGUUGGGUCUAUGGGUGGAACAAACCCUAAUCAUCCUUUGAACAGCUUGGGAAAUGGGAAUAUAUUGAUUUGGAAGAGGAAGGCUGAACAAUAUCUGGCUGAUUCUGGUGUUCCAUACACGAUCAUAAGGCCUGGUGGCUUGCUAGAUAAAGAAGGAGGCCUAAGGGAACUCAUUGUGGGAAAGGAUGACGAGCUUCUUCAGACUGAAACCAAAGCCAUACCUAGAGCUGAUGUUGCUGAAGUCUGCGUUCAGGCACUAAACUUUGAGGAGGUUAAAUUCAAGGCUUUUGACUUGGCAUCAAAACCUGAGGGAGAAGGUACACCAACGAAGAACUUCAAGGCAUUGUUUUCCCAGAUCACGGCUCGUUUUUAAUACUGAAUGCUGUGGUCAUGGUCUAUAAAUACUUAUUGAAUAAGGGUGGGAUACCCGGGAAUCAUUAGUGCUAUUUCAGCAAAUUACUGUCUUGGAAAUCAUGUUAAAGAUUGUAUAAACACUAGAACAAACUAUAGAGCUCAAUAAUACAUAGAGAGAAAAAAGUCUGUUUUUAAUUUAUAAUUUCUUUAUAUGUUUUUAUUUAAGAUGUAUUUAAUUGCCAAUUUGCCAUAAUACAGUAAAGCUAUUGCAAGUA